AUGAAGAUGAGCCGGCUCUGCCUCUCUGCAUCCCUUCUUGUCCUCCUGGGCACCCUGGCGGCUGGCACCCAGAGGGAUGAAACCAGCACCCCUGCCCAAGCCCCGCAGCCUACCUUCUGCCCGGAGCCUCCCUACAUGGGUCCCUGCAAGGCCCUGUUAUUCAGGUACUUCUACAACGCCAGCUCCAGGCUCUGCAAGACCUUUGCUUACGGCAGAUGCAGAAGGAAGCAGAACAACUUCCUGGAUAAGGAGGACUGCAUCAGCACCUGCAAUGGCUGCAACAGGCUCCAGGAGAGCUGGGCAACUGUGCUCCCCUGA